UAAAUUCCACCAUAUUUCGUGUAGGAGGAAGAAGUAGCCCGUCAAGUAAAGCUACGACGCGUGAGGGAUGAAAUAGAAGGACUGCGCGAGUUAGUCAACUCUCUAAUUAGAGAACCUGGUCCUCGCCGGACACAGAGGAGGAGGAAUACUCAAAACAGUGCGCCUAGUGGCCAAACAAGCGGACAUCAACCAAUGCCCAUAGACAUGGUUCAUCCCGGCAACGGUUUGACACUGAACCAGGGCACAGGUUUGGAGGGAGAGACGAAUGCUACACAUGGUUUAUCGCCAGAUUUCCGAUAUAUUAUUGGGGGGUUGAAGCAAAAAUGCCCUCAAAAUAAGAGGCUCGGAUUGGGCGAUUUGUUAUCAGGUGUGGGCGGCCACAGAGGCCCGUGUGCAGCAAAUAGGUACGUACGAGCUCCAGUGAGAGAUACAGCUAAGUUUAGCAGGUGGGUGAAAGAGCAAAACAGCGAUGCAGAACUUGACAGAAACUGGGUAGUUUUGUCGGCUCAGCCAGUUAUUGAGAUAAGUGGCUACACCAUCAAGAGUUCACUGACUAGGGGUAAAUCAUUCGAUAUGAUGUUAUGUGGGGGAAUUAUUAGAGCUCUGAGACAAAUGGAGGUUGAUCGCCUAGUUGUUCCUCUAGGAUCUACAGCACGGCACUACACACCUGUAGAAUGGGCGAGUAUCGCUAUGUACGGGGCAACCACUGAGUUAGUUGUUGAUGCAUUCGACCCUCCCCCUUCACAGAUCAGGCUUGACGAUCGCACAUUGGUAACCCUCUGUAUUUUUUAUAAAUUCACAUCACUAGUCACAUUUCCAAGCUUGUGCCAAUAA